AUGUUUGCAAUGGAAGGAGAACUUUCAGUUAAACUCGUGGGAUUGGAUGAUAUUUACCUUGCUGUUCAUGAUGGAGAUAAUAAACGUUUUGACAACAGUACACUAAGAAGUGGAGAAUCUACUAAAACAUUGACGUUCAUACCAGCAUACAGUAGGGGAGUACGAUUAGAAUUGGUAUUCAAUGAAUCUGAAGGGUCUGGCUUUCAAGAAAAUGCUG